CUUCCACUAAGAAAAGCAGAGGCACAGAUGUGAUGGCUGUGACUAUCAUAAUCCAAUCACACUAAUCUCAUCUCAGUAGGAUGAGCAGCGAUCCAUGGUCCAGAGUGAUGAUCAGCACACCAUGGUGGAACCCUAAUUUUCCUGAAUGACUGCAAAUACCCUUUGUGGAGUAGGCAGGGUUUGAUGUGCUGGGGUCCAUAAACAGGAGGGAAAAAAAGUUUUUUUUUCCAUAAUUAAGAGGAUUUGAGGGAUGAGGGACCCAUCAAAUUUUCAUUUUUUGAAUCUUUGCCCAAUGUCUGCAUCAGUUUUAAUGAGCAAGAAAACCUAUUUUGACCCUUGAUUUUUCUUCCAUCUAUCUCUCUCUCUCUCUGAAUUUUCCAACAAGAGCUGUUGUCCAAUGGUUCUGUGAUUUGUUCCUCAUUUCUAUAAUAGAACUACAAGCACGCCAUGCAGACCCCUUCAUUCUCACCUUCUUUAAUGGUUUAGGUUUGCUUUUGCUGCUGUCUCUGUACGUCUCGUCUUAAACACAAUCUUGUGCUUGGUGUGUUGCGCCGCUGAGUUGAUGUGAUGGGCCCUAUUCUCCACUGAGAAUUAAUGGAGAGAGGGGGUCUGGAUGACUGUAUCUCAUCUGCUAUUUCAGUGCUUUUUUCCCCCAUUUAGCGCUGUCCCGCAUUUUGGGGUUUGGAAUUUCUUCGAUGGGUGCGAUUUGGGGUUUCUGAUUUUCUUCGCUUGAAGCCAUGGCAGGUGAUCGUGCAAGGUUUUUCUACGUGGGUUUUUGGUUUUGGAAAUUAUUCGUGGAGGUGUACUGAUGGUAAUGCUGGUUCUGUGGUAUCACAUGAUUGUGCUCACUGUGGUUUUUGGUUUUUGCCUGCGAAAGACCCAGCUUGUGGGGUUAAUUACUUUGCGUUUAAUCGAGUUCUAAUGAUAUGGAUUCUUGAUUCUGGAGAUUGGUUUUGGAAAUUAAGAGCUAAGGAGCUUCUUGUGCAAAUCGAGACUUCGCUUUAUUUCUUCUCUUCCGACACAAACCCAGACUUGGUGAGAGAUUCUGUACAAAUUUUCAAAGAUCAGGGUCUGAAUCAUGAUGAUCGACGGAUGAGUGUUUGAUUUGGGUGUUGGGUUUUUGAUAUAUGUGCAAUUGACCAGGUCUUGAAUGAAGAAAAUGGACAGAGUGAUUCAACCUCCUCUGGUUGAUACAACAGCAUGUUUAUGUAGAGUAGAUGCAGGACUCAAAACUGUUGCCGGGGCUAAGAAAUAUGUCCCUGGGACAAAACUGUGUCUUCAGCCUGACAUCAAACCAUCCAUUCAUCCUUCCAAGCACAAACCAGGGCGUGGUGACAGGAACCGCAUCCAGUCCCCUCUGCUUCCAGGGCUUCCUGAUGAUCUUGCCAUUGCUUGCUUAAUCCGAGUCCCACGAGUUGAGCACCGUAAACUUCGACUUGUCUGUAAAAGAUGGUACCGUCUUUUGGCUGGCAACUUUUUUUACUCACUCCGAAAGAGUCUUGGAAUUGCAGAAGAAUGGAUAUAUGUUAUGAAGAGAGACAAAGAUGGGAAAAUAUCAUGGCAUGCUUUUGACCCAAUAUACCAGCUCUGGCAGCCCCUCCCACCUGUCCCAAAAGAAUAUUCAGAAGCUCUAGGGUUUGGAUGUGCUGUUCUUAGUGGCUGUCACCUCUACUUAAUUGGUGGCAAGGAUCCAAUUCGGGGAUCAAUGAGACGAGUCAUUUUUUAUAGUGCUCGCACAAAUAAGUGGCACCGUGCCCCAGAUAUGCUUCGUCGACGACAUUUCUUUGGCUCGUGUGUCAUAAACAACUGCUUGUAUGUAGCUGGUGGGGAGAAUGAGGGGGUGCACCGAUCCUUGAGAUCAGCUGAAGUUUACGAUCCCAACAAGAAUAGAUGGUCCUACAUUUCAGAUAUGAGUACAGCUAUGGUACCUUUCAUUGGGGUUGUUUACGAGGGCAAGUGGUUCUUGAAGGGCCUUGGUUCCCACCGACAGGUUCUGAGCGAGGCCUACCAGCCAGAAACUGACAGCUGGUAUCCUGUCUAUGAUGGAAUGAUUGCAGGCUGGAGGAACCCUAGUGCUUCACUAAAUGGCCAACUCUAUGCUUUGGAGUGCAAGGACGGCUGCAAACUCCGAGUUUAUGAUGAAGCAACAGAUUCUUGGAGCAAGCAUAUUGAUAGUAAGAUGCAUUUGGGGAAUUCCAGGGCUUUAGAGGCAGCUGCACUGGUCCCACUAAGUGGAAAACUCUGUAUUAUUCGUAAUAAUAUGAGCAUUACCUUGGUUGAUGUUUCAAAUUCUGAAGAUGUUACCGGGGCUACAGCUGAACACUUGUGGGAAACUAUUGCUGGAAAAGGGCAGUUCAAAACUUUCGUUACGAACCUGUGGUCGAGCCUUGCUGGUAGGAACCGACUUAAAAGUCACAUUGUUCACUGCCAAGUUCUUCAAGCUUGAAGGCUGUAAAAGCAUACAGUGGAAUCAAAGGAAGGCGGACCAGUUUUCAAACUUUUCAUUUCUCCAUUCGAUGGCCUGCUGCAUAUGCAUCAGAGAGCCAAAAGCAUGGAGCAUUGAGACAGAAAGUGAUGAACACGAAGUCCAAUGUUGCUGGUGUAAGUUGGUGUUAGUAAAACGAUACUUGUGUUCCAAUAUAGGCAUCAGAUUGAUGACCAUGUUUGUUUUGCCUGAUCAUAUCUAGUCCUGCAGAAUAUUUUGUACAAUACACAGUUGUAAUGUUUUGAAAAUUAAAGAGCCUGUUAUCCAA